AUGACCACAACUCGUGUUUGUCCCCAAGGGCAAAAAAGAGUUAAUAUAGAUGGACCCAAGAUAUGCCCGAAAUGUAAACUUUCUAUAUCUUUGGACAAUUUUAGGAUCAAGGUAAACGGUCAACUAACAAAAAUGUGUAUUAAAUGCCUGAACAUAGCCAAGGCGUCACGGAAACGUACAAAGUGCUCCCAUGAAAGGGUGAGGGCAUACUGUAAGGAGUGCAAGGGAAGUGAGACUUGCCGUCAUGAAAGACAGAGGGGACAAUACGGGGACUGCGGAGGAAGUCAGAUUUGCCCCCAUCAAGGGGUGGGAUCCAGGUGUAAAGAGUGCGGGGGUAAUGGUAUUUGGAAACAUGGUAGGCGAAGAACAGAAUGCAAAGAGUGUGGCGGCGGAAGCGUCUACCACCACCAAAGGAUAAGAUCAAUAUGCAAAGACUGUGGGGGUGGAAGCAUAUCUUAUCAUCAAAGGCAGAGAUCCCGAUGCAAAGAGUGUGGGGGUGGAAGCGUCUGCCACCAUCAAAGGAUAAGAUCAUUAUGCAAAGACUGCGGAGGUAGAAGCAUCUGCGGGCAUGAAAAACAAAGGCGAUAUUGUGCCAUUUGCGACCCUUCAGGGCAUCUGGCUGGUGCUGUAUGA